UUAUCCUCUGUCUCCCCCCGUCUCAGCAUCAUUCCUCCUCGGCGUUCCACACCUCCACCUCCUCGAUCUCAUGGGCGCGAGCUAUACCUAGCAUUCUGAUCGCGCGCCACCGCCGGGACAUCCCUACAAGGACAAGCGCCCGGCUAGCUUCCAUGCGCGUCGUCGGCGGGGGCGGGACGGUGCUCCCGUCUUCUGCAGAGGAGGCGCAGAACGGAGGGCCUGUGGCGCCGGUGGCCGCGGCAGCGCCCGGCGACGGCGCCGGGGACCCCGGGGCGCCGGUGCUGCCGCCCUCUGCAGAGGUGCCGGACGGCGACGUCCCGAGGUGCCGGGUGCAGGGCUGCGGCGCGGACCUCAGCGCGGCCGGGAGGUACCACCGGAGGCACAAGGUGUGCGCGGAGCACUCCAGGGCGGCGACCGUGCUCGUCGACGGCCUCAGCCAGCGCUUCUGCCAGCAAUGCAGCCGGUUCCAUGUGCUCUCGGAGUUCGACGACUCCAUGCCCAGCUGCCGGCGGCGCCUGCAGCGCGCCUGAAUGAACUCGGCAGCCCAGACUCCAGAUCGAAUGGCUUGGUGAUCACCCGAAAUGGCCUUAAUUUGAGGAGAAUAAGAAAUGGCUGAGCAAUACCCUCCAGCAGUAUGCUCUCUCUCUGUCUUUCUCUGUGUAUGGAUCGGCUCACGGUGUUGUUAUUGUGCACUACUAUUGUCAGAAAGCGAGAUGUAAUAUAUAUGUCUCAAUAAAUUAAUGGUGGUUUCGUCUUGUUGAACUUGUUAAUUAACGAGACCAUCAUAUCUUGUGUGUAAUUAAGCUGCAUCGUGUUGCAGCCUUUGGAGGGCAAGCGAUCCAUUGCCAACAAAGCUAUGUAGUUUAUAAUUCCUAAUGUGCAAAAAUCACCAGCCAGAGAGAUUUCCUAAUCUCCUCUAAUGUUUCAAGCUGGUGAAUGUUGAAGUAGGAGCUGCCCAGCAAUUAAUCCCUCCUCUGCUCUGUAAUGCUACUCCUCCAACCCAGUCUCGCCAGAAACUGAGUUUGUUUCAUGUGAAA